AGCUACAGGUUUAAAUAUUUAUUCAUUUAUCUAAUUAAUUUAUUUGAUUUAUUAUAUUCACAAUUUGUAUUGAACGGACAUUACUAUACAAAUACAAGAAUCGGCCUUCCAAAACAGUUCUCAAUUUGACUUAAAAUAAAAAGAACAUGGCUGCUACUACGCUUCACAUUGAAGAUAAUUCGAAUCCAUUGAACCUAUAAUAAUUUCCUUUUAGGAUUUUUCAAAUGUGUCUUGUUGUUUUUAUUUAGUUGUGCGUUUCACACUGUUUUCCAGUAUACAUACAUUUAGAAAUUUUCAUUGAUUUUGGUAAUGCAGAAUCGACAUGGCGGUCUGGUAAUCGACCAAUGAGAAGCAAGCAUCAAAGCGUUUCAGAAAAUUGCUUGUAUUCAUUUUCGCGUCACAGAGGUUUCGUUUCGAAGGUUUGAUUGCCCAAAAAACUAUAUCGAACUUUAGUGGUAUUUUUACGUUAUUAUUACUUUUGGUGAGAGUGAGAAGUGUUUAUUACAGGACAUUGUGAGUGCAGUGAGUGAAGCACGAAAUAAGACAAUUUAUCAUAAUGGCUUUGGAUUUAGGAUGAAUUGAAAUGCUAUGAAAUUGUGUUGUUUUGUUUUGGUAAACAAGACUAUGUUCGCGAUAGAGAGAUACACACGUGAAUAUAAUAAUUGACAGUUCAUUUUAGAAUGACGGGGAGGGGGGCGAAAAAACGCGGGAGACCCCCUAAAUCAGGGAGCUUUGAAAAAAAUAAGAAAUUUCAGUAUCAUUUAUUGAAAAAACCGAAAUACUUACAAGCACAAAAUAUUGGAUCGGGAUCUCUGGCAAGCACGCCAACUGCUUCGAGGGCUUCCUCGCCUCAGGGUAGCGACAUCAGCCGACGAAGUACGAGGAAACAGAGAGGAGGAAAAGCUCAUAAAUCGAAGCGUGGUGGAUUAUCCAGUGCUUAUUCUAGACGUGGAUAUAAUCCUCAUGCUGCUGAAGAUCAUGAAUCUGAAUAUCAUUAUGGAUCCGAUUUUGGUGAUGAAUACAGCGACCGAUCAGAGCCCGAGGAGGAGCGUGCGAGCGAGAGCGGGUCGGAGGCGAGCGCCGCCGAGGCCGCCGCCAGCGACAGCGACUUCUCCGUCAGCAGCUUCAGCACCACCAGCGGAACACCCAGGAAAAUGGCCUCCAACCCCCUCAGGCCACCAAGUCCAGAUCCACUCUGGCUACAGGACGAAAGAAAAAUACCCCCCCUAGAGUUACCACCAUCCUCUGAUGACUUGAUAAUGCCCCGAGAGCUUGUAUUACAAGUUGUUGGAAUAUAUGAAGUGCUAAGACGAUUCAGACAUUUAGUAAGGUUGUCUCCAUUUCGUAUUGAAGACCUCUGUGGUGCUCUUUGCUGUGAAGACCAAAGUAAUUUGCUAGUGGAAGUGCACAUGAUGCUACUGAAAGCUUUACUGAGAGAAGAGGAUGCUCAACAAACUCACUUUGGUCCCUUGGAUCAUAAAGAUAGUGUAAACAUUACAUUGUUUCUAUUGGAUGUCAUGACUUGGUCAGAAAUAUUAAGGAUAUACGUGGAGAGUGAUAAAUCAUUUGAUCAGAAUGUUGUUAAAAUCCUCAACUCAUGUGAAUAUCCAUUUACUAAAGUAGAGGAUCGAGUUGCUGUUCUUCAGUUUCUUUGCAACCAAUUCUUGAUUACAAAUCCUGUACGAGAUGAUUUAUUGAGUGAAGUUCCUAUACAUUAUGAUGACCACUGUCGAGUCUGUCAUCGAUUGGGAGAUCUCUUAUGCUGUGAGACAUGUCCAGCAGUGUAUCAUUUGGAGUGUGUAGACCCCCCUCUGGUGGAUGUGCCUUCAGAAGACUGGCAAUGUGCAUUAUGCAAGCUACACAAAACCACAGGAGUGACAGAUUGCUUAACUGAUGCAGAGAAGCAGGGCUUGUUGUGCAGGCAUGAGCACUUGGGAUUUGAUAGACAUGGCAGAAAGUAUUGGUUUAUUGCCCGUCGCAUAUUUGUGGAAUCAGAAACUGGUGAUGUCUGGUACUACUCAACUGUAUUACACUUUGAGGAACUGCUGGAUAUCUUAGAUUCUAAUGAAAUGGAGGCUCCACUAGUCAGAGAACUGCUCGAGUUAAAACAUGAAAUUAUGAGGCAAAUGGAGUUAACUGAGAUUUUGACAAUUCAGGCCAAAGGCAACCGCAAGUCAUAUUUAGAGUUAGAAAAUAGCAACAUAAUGAAACAACGAAAAUUAAGAAAGGAACAGAAAAAGAAACUCACAGGUGCAUUAAAAUUAGAUGAUACAGAGACAUCCAUGUUGUCCGAUGGAGAAGUCUGUAACGAAGUGACUGUUGCUAGUGAAGAUAUGACAAAUGAUGAAAGUUUUGACAUGGACACAAAAGAAGAAAAUGAUGAUGAAAAAAGAUUAAAGAAUAAUGGAGCAAACAAACUCAAGAUAAAUUCAAAAAGAAGUGAUGAUGGUACUGAAAGACUUACAAGACUAAAAUCAACUCAGAUUUCAAAUGGAGCAUUUAAGCUGGGAAAUGAAAAUAAUUUCAAAACAUACACAAAUCAGUACACCAUCAAUCCACUGGCUCUGAACAAGCCACAGAGAAAUGAAGAGAGAGAUAAGAAACGCUAUAUGUCACAUAAAUUCUCCUUAUCAUCAGCUCAGGACUUCAAAUGGGUUGGAAUGAUGAAUGCUACAAAAACCAUGUUAGUGUCGACCAUGAGGCAAACACUGCUGCAGUUGGAGUCCAACAUUGUGGUGCAGUUCAUGCACCCCAACUGGCCGCUGCUGCGGAAGCCAUGGGUCCACGCUGUGCAACUUUGCCAAGCCCCCAGAGACUUUUCUCGCGCCCUCUGUGUACUUCAGGCCUGUAUUAAAUCCAGUGUCUGGGUGCCCGCCUGGCACGAGCAACUAGGCCACGUCAGGUUACUACGCACCACGGCUGCUGAGCGGGAAGAACGUAAAAAACUUGACAAGAGAGAAAAGAAAGAGAGGGAAGAAGAAGAGGAACGAUAUCGCACGGCGUACAACUUCGUCAAGUAUGCACUUGGCCUGAAACAUCAAGUUUGGAAACAGAAGGGAGAGGAAUACCGCAUUCACGGGCAAUGGGGUUGGCUGUGGAAUUCAGCCACGAGGAAAUAUAAGAAAUACAAUGCAAAUCAUAAAGCUACACUAUUAGAUGGCCCAGCGAAAAUAACCGUUCGAGUGAAAGAAGGAAAUAUAGUGAAAGUGUUAGCUGUUGAACCAAAAACAUAUGAUUACCUCAUGUCAAAUGAUAGCAGCAAUACCGAAGUUUUGGAGAAGUUGCCACCGGCAAUGCGUAAUUUGAAGCUUGAGAAAGAAGAUGAAGACUUUGAGGAAAUUGAUGUCGAAAAAGCGUUAAGUUCUUCAACAAGAAGGUUUUAUCCAAAAAUAGCGAGAAAAUCUAAACUGGAUGACUACUUAGCUCGCCGAACUUACUUGAAAUUCAUGGAAGAAAAAAAGCUAGCAAAUCUUAUUGCUAAUGUGAAAAAAGAAGAAAGUGACAUAAAGUGUGAAGAAGAUAAAAAUAUAGAUGUUGAGAAUGAUGAACCAGAGCCAGAGGAAGCAACCAUGAGUGACAUCCACACUGAAGUGAAACACAAGGAUUACUCAGACCGCACUAACAAAGUAAACGCCAAUAUUGAUUCUCUAAGAGAUCAAUAUCUAAAAUUAACGCGAUUAUUAAAACAUUAUAAAUGUUACUCCUACACAUGUAACAAUAUUGACAUUGCAAAGAUUACACAAAGUAAUUUAAAAAUUAAUUGCUAUUCACCUUUGUGCAUACAGAAAGGCAAUAUUCUAUCAAAAUUACUAAAUGUAUUAAAAACGAAUAAUACUAGUAACACCAUUACCGUUACAAAUAAAGGAAAUACGAACAUGUCGAUACUGGAGCAGUGCCUACUCGGAAAGAGUUAUAACAGUUCGGAGUCAACAAGUGAGAACAUACUAAGCGACUUGCUGUCGGCCGUAGCGUGUGCGCAAGAGUGCGACAACAAAAAUACUGACUGCUUUGUCAAAAGAAAACUAUCAAAUGACUCCGAUACAACUAUAAAGACUGAAAAAUCGAAUAGUUUAGAUGGUAUUGUUAAAUCCGAGACCACUCUAGAAGAGUGUGCUGUACCGGCUGUGGGAAAUGAAAUGGACAUUGACAUAAGCUGCAAUAACAAUGAGGACAAUGUAGAAAUAGGUCCACUCAAAGAACUUACAGACCCAGAACAGGAACAAGCUGCUGAGAAUACAGUAGACGUAGAUACAGACGAACCUCGACCACCAAUACCAAAAUUAAGAAUAACUAGAGGUAAAUCAAAGUCCAACCAAGAGGCUGCUUCUAAAGCUGCAGAGGCAAAAAAAACUGAUUCUUUCAAAUGCUCUGUCCAAAAAGAUAAUAAACCUAAAUAUAGAGCAACAGUCAACAGACGCUUUGGAAUGCCGAGAACUAUUAAAAGAGAAGACAAAACAAUUAAAGAAGAGAAGGUGGAAGGUGGAAUUGUUAGGGUUUACUCUGCAGAAAUUCCGCGCGGUAAAGUUUACUUGAAAAGAGUACAGACAUCUGCAGUGGAAAAGAAAAAGAAAAGGACCCCAGUUAAAUACCCUCCAUGCUCGACAUUCCAUACGAAAAGCAAAGCCAAGACGGUUAUGGUCUUACCUGUCCACGAAUUACGUAAGAUGUGCAGGCAGGCCGGCCACAGCUCAGUUGCUGGAUUCAGCCAUAGCGCCAAACCGAAUCAAGCUGUGUGGCCGUACCCUUGUGCUAGACCGCUGUUCAAAACAUGCUGGUUGUACAGGACUGUCAAUUUGCAGUGGCUGACUAGUGCUGCCCUCCAACUGCGGAUCAUGUGGGCCUGUCUGAGAUGGGACGACAUGGCCGCCAAAGCUGCCACAGCUGACGGCAAACAUCAACUCACCACUGAUACGGAGAUCGUAUCCCUGGAGCUGUUAAAGCAUCGUCACUUGGGUCCUUUCUCGGAGCGCACCCAAUAUUUACGUCGACGCGUGGUGAUUCCUCUGGAGCUGCCGAAAACGGUUCGCGAGGUGACUUCGAUCCGUAGCGGUUUGAGGAAAAGGAAACGUGCGGAGUCUCCACAAAACACUGAACCACAGGUGUCGGAGGAGUGGGUGGACGAGGAGAAGCUGGAGCUGUGGGAGGUGCGGCAGUACGGCGAGCGCGCGGACCGGCCGGCGCCGCAGACCAGGCAGAGCACGGGCAAGCUGCCGGCCCGCGCGCCCGCGCCCGCGCCCGCCGACCUCAAGGAGCGGCUCGAGGCGCAGCUCAGGGAACAACGCGCCGCGCACCAGCAGAAGCGGGCAUUAGAGAUGGCAGAUAAAUCAAAGGGGACGCCGAACCAAACACCCGGUAAAAGCACACUCACGUCUCUUCUCACUGCCGAUGCAACGACUCCAACAGGGCAGAAAACUGUUAUUGGCACGCGGCGAAUAAUUAUGACGAAGGGUGCCGACGGAACCACUAGAGUCGUCACUCAACCUAUAGGCAAAGCUGGCGCCAUUGACUCUACGCCAGGAAAAUCUGGAACACCGACUGGCAAAGAUGGACCUCAGAAGGUUCAAAUUAUACGCGGCCCGGACGGGAAGCUCACAGUGAGGGGGUUGCUGCAGGGACAGCAGCUCAUCCAGAUGCCGGACGGCAAGCUGCACGUGGUGAUGGCGGGGCAGCAGAGCGGCGGGCAGCUGCUGGGCGCCGCCGUGAAGCCGGCCGACGACGCGCCCGCCAAGCAGGACGAGGUGAAGGUGGCGCCCGCCCCGCGCCUCGCGCCGCCGCCUGCCGCGCAGCAGAUCAUGGUGCAGGGCGGGCGGCAGCUCGUGGUGCAGGGGACGUCCCCCGCGCCGCGCCCGCGCCUGCAGACCGUGCUCGUGCAGGGGCAGAUGACCCCGCGAGCCGCCACGCCGCGCGCCGCCCCUGCCCUGCGCCCCCGCGCCGCGCCCACCCCCGUCGUGGCCACGCCGUCGCCCGCCGCGCAACAGAUCGUCGUCAACAAUCCGGCGCUGGUGCAGCAGAUCGCCGCCGGCAAGAUCCAGCUGGCCACGGUGAACGGGCAGCAGGUGCUCAUCCGCCCCACCGGCAACAACCAGGCGCAGAUAGUGGCGCACAUCGGGCAGGGCCCCGGCGCGGUGGCCAGCGUGCUGCCCGCGCCCGCGCCGCGCGCCGUCGCCCCCGCCCCCGCCCCGCCGCCCGCGCCCGCCCCGCAGCCCGCGCAGGCGCGCCCCGCGCUCACCGAGGACCAGAUCAUGGAGAAGCGACUGUUGGCCGGACAACCACCCGGCACUGUCAUCAAAACUGUCACAGCACAAGUUAUGCAGACGAGUAGUGGACCGAGGAUAGUACUUCAAGGUCUGCAUGGCUACACAUUGACCCCUCAACAGUUGGCUCUUGUGCAGCAUCAAGUAAAACAACAACUUCUGAAAGCUCAAGAGUGCACGGGCAAGCAGGGAAUGUUGGGUCCUACUAAGAUGUACCUGGCGGUGCAGCCAGCGCCGGGCGCGCCGCCGCCGCUCGCGCCUGUCGCGCCGCUGCUCGCCGCCGCAAUGGCGCCGCCCAUGCCGCCGCCCGCACAGGAGUCCGUAGCCGAGGACAGUGUAACCAAAGUAGAGGCGGCUUCGCUGCCCAACGGCGAGGACGCGGCGGCGGCGGGCGGCGCCGACCCCGCGCGGCCCGACGAGCCCCGGACCAGCUCCAAGACAGACAUUGUAAACGCUACACAAAAUGCAGUCAACGCCGCUAACAAGUUCGUGCUGACGCCCGAUUACAUCCAACAAACAAUAAAAAGUGCCUUGAAACAAGAGAAUCUAAACCCCGAGAUAGAAGAGAAACUGCUACAGCUUCAGCGCUACCAGGAGAAGCGCAUGAAGCCGGAGCCGGCGGUGUGCGCGCGCGAGGCGGAGCGCGAGCUGGAGGCGUCGCCCCCGCCCCCCGCGUCCCCGCCGCCGCCGCGCCGCCGCCCGCCGCCCGCGCGCCGCGACGACGACGACGAGUGGGUGGACGCCAGCCCGCGCAAGCGCAGCCGCGGCCGCGCGCCCUCCCCGCCCGCGCCGCCGCCCCCGCGCGCCGCGCCGCCCCCGCCCCGCCCCGCGCCCGCGCAGCCGCCGCCGCCCGCGCCGCUCUCCUCGGUCGAGGAACGGCGGCGCGCGGCCACCAACCACUCCAGAUUACAGAUGCUACUCUUCAAACACAAAGAAAUGCUUAAAAAAGAUAUCAUCAAAAAGCGAGGGUUACUUGAAAAGGAGCUAGGAGUUGAAAUACAGAAGGAAUUAUCGGCCGAGCUUGCGUUGCGAACGCGGGCGGAGCGCAGCAAGCAGGAGGAGGUCCGCGGGGGCGGCACCGCGAGCGCGGGCGGGGGCGGCGGCGCGGGGGGCGGCAAGAAGCGCUCCACCUCGAGCUCGCUGCAGUCCCCGACCACCCCCGGCUCCGCGCGACGGGGCGCCGGCAAGAAACCCAACAAGAAGGAGAAACUGCUAUGUGUCUGCCGAACUCCAUACGACAACACCAAGUUCUACGUGGGCUGCGAGCACUGCAGCAACUGGUUCCACGGCUCGUGCGUGGGCGUGACGGAGGAGAUGAGCAAGAGCAUGGAGGAGUACGUGUGCGCCGAGUGCCGCCGCGCCGAGGAGACGCAGGAGCUGUACUGCCUGUGCCGGCAGCCCUACGACAACUCACAAUUUUAUAUUUGCUGCGAUCGUUGUCAAGAUUGGUUCCACGGUCGCUGCGUGGGCAUCCUGCAGUCGGAGGCUGACAAUAUAGACGAAUACAUAUGCCCUAAUUGUCAAAAAAAUAAUUCUGUAAAUUACGCUAACAUGAAAGAACUGACACAAAAAGAUUUCGAAAACUUGAGAAGGCUUAUGAAACAGAUACAGUCACACAAAAAUGCGUGGCCCUUCAUGGAACCCGUGGAUCCGAGGGAAGCUCCCACGUACUACAAGAUUAUAAAGGAGCCAAUGGAUCUACAAACAGUGGAACGAAAAGUGAAUGAACAGACUUACAGUACAUUGAGUGAUUUUAUUGGUGACAUGACAAAAAUAUUUGAUAACUGUCGGUACUUUAAUCCUAAGGAUUCAGAGUUCUUUAGAUGUGCAGAUAGCUUAGAAGCAUUUUUUGCACAAAAAAUUAAAUACUUUCGUGAAAAAUUAUUUGAAACAAAUCAAUGAUAGUGCCAGUGUACAGGACGUAUUAUUAAGUAAGUUUAUGAACUGAAGAAGACAUUGCAGUGCUUGUUUAUAUGUUGAUCUGUAUCGUCUGUAUAAUAUACACUAUGUGAUGUAAUUUUCAAAGAAUAAUUUAAAAUUAAUUGCUGCUGGGUUCUAAAGAGUAUAUCAAUUUUGUUUCCACUUAAGUAUUUAUUGUAUAUUUAUUAUACGUUUUUAUAUAGGAUUAAUGAAAGCUGAUGCCUUUAGAUCUAGAAUAUAAAGCAUGUAUGUAUAGGUACAUUUUUGUUAGAUCAUUUACUGAUAUGGUAACCUAGCAUCUUUAAUUUACUACAAUACUAUUUAGACUAAGUAAACUUAUUGUAUGUAAGUAAUAAAUUUUGAAUAAUA